GAGCUACUAUGUUAGUUCCCCUGCUCUUAUGAAAGAAACCCAAAUAGCAAGAGUCAUUCAACAAUUUAAAGCAGUGGUCGGCUAUCAGACUACAAGCAAAAGUAUGACUGUUGAAGUAAUCUGUUAUUACAUUAGAAUCAGAGACGAUUUUGAAGGGAAUUAGAUUUGCUUCCAUUGCCAUAACAAUGGUGUCCCGAAUAUCACACGCGUUGCUGCAUUCCAAUUCGGAAGUGUUCCUCUGACAAACAUGUUUUUACGUCGAUCUUCUCUGUAAAUGACAAACUUUACUUCAAUCUCAAUAAUCAACCUAAUACAUUCUAACUCAACUAUUAAACACCUCAACCAAAUCCACACCCGUCUCCUAAUCAACUCUUAUCCCAACUUUCUUGGCCAGUUUGUAGCAUCCAUUGCCUUAAAAAACCCCAAGAAUCUCCAUUAUUGUAAUCAAAUUCUUCAUCAAUGUCACAACCCCACUGUUUUUGCAUUCAAUUCCAUGAUUCGAGCACAUUCCAAAAGCUCCACCCCUCAAAAAUGCUUCCACUUCUUUAACAGAAUUAUACAUUGUAACAAUGUCUCACCAGAUAAUUACACUUUUAAUUUCUUGAUUCGCGCCUGUGCUCGUCUUUCGGAUCAGGGAAUUGGCCUAGCUGUUCAUGGGUGUGUUAUAAAAUAUGGGUUUGAGAUGGACCCUCAUAUUCAAUGUGGAUUAAUCUUUAUGUAUGCGGAAUUGGGUUGUUUAGGUUAUUGUCACCAGGUGUUUGAUUUAGUUUCUAACCCGGAUUUGGUAUGUCAAACAGCUAUGCUGAGUGCUUGCACAAAAUGUGGUGAUGUUGCUUUUGCAAGAGAACUGUUUGAUUUAAUGCCGCACAGGGAUCAUAUUGCAUGGAGUGCUAUGAUUUCCGGAUAUGCGCAAUCUGGGCAGUCGAAGGAAGCGUUGAGUCUGUUUAAUCUGAUGCAAUUAGAGGGUGCUACGGUUAGUGAGGCGUCGAUGGUUUCUGUUUUAUCUGCCUGUAGUCAGUUAGGUGCUUUAGAUCAUGGGAGAUGGGCUCAUGCUUACCUAGAGAGACACAAGAUUGCGUUGACAGUGACACUAGGGACUUCACUUGUGGAUAUGUAUGCUAAAUGUGGGGAUAUGGAUAAGGCAAUGGAAGUGUUUUGGGGAAUGAAAGAAAAAAAUGUUUACACUUGGAGCAGCGCUAUCAAUGGGUUAGCGAUAAAUGGGGCUGCUGAUAAGUGCCUUGAAUUGUUUUCGCUUAUGAAAAAAUGUGGUGUAUUGCCUAAUGAGGUCACUUUUCUUUCGGUAUUAAGGGCUUGUUGUGCAGUGGGGUUGGUUGAGGAUGGGUGCAAGUACUUUGAAUCGAUGAUAAAAGAUUAUGGGAUUGAGCCAGGAAUUGGGCAUUAUGGAUGCCUUGUUGAUUUGUAUGGCCGAUGUGGACGCUUAGAUGAAGCCUUGAGUAUCAUCAAUAGCAUGCCAAUGAAGCCUCAUUCUGGUGCUUGGGGUGCUUUGCUGAAUGCGUGUAAAUUGUACGAAAACACGGAGUUAGUUGAAUUUUCCUCAAAAAAAUUAAUUGAAUUAGAGAGAAAGAAUCACGGUGCCUACGUGUUAUUAUCAAAUAUGUAUGCUGAUUCAAAGAAAUGGGAAAUGGUUGAUAAUGUGCGGCAAGCUAUGAAGGUUAAUGGAGUGAGCAAACAACCUGGUUGUAGUGUUAUAGAAAUUGACGGUGAAGCUCACGAGUUUUUUGUUGGGGAUAACUCGCAUCCGAGGUUUGGCGAUAUUGGGGUCAUGUUGGAAGAGAUGUCUAGGAGACUGCAUUUAUCAGGUGAUUUGACUAACUCUCACCGUUUGCUGUUUGAUGUUGAAGAAUAAGAGAAACAAUAUAGAAUUACAUAACAUUUAUAAUCUUGCUAUUGCAUUUGCUUUUAGGAUUCUGGACAACCUUACAGUUAUAAAUUAUUCAAUGUUAGAAUACCUAUCAAAUUUUGGUAACCACUUGAUUACCACUUCCAAAGUUCAUGCAAAUUGUAAAUAAAAAGUAGACCAUGAUACUUGCUCUGUGGAUCACGUAGUGAAGUUGAUCGAAUUUCGAAGCUGUGCUGUUUAUAAGCAUGUUAAUGUGAAAUAUGUUAACUGAUCCAUUUCUAUUGAGCA